GUGAUGCUUGGUGGCGAAAUCAACACUUCCCACUUCCGGAUCUCGAGGGUCGCAAAGAAAAAGAACUUCCCAGAUUUCAGACGACAAAAACAACGAGUUACACGGCGAAUUUGGUGGCCUAAAAGUUGUUUUUACCUCAAUGGAGGCGGAGGGAUCGCUGUGCCGGGCCCUGUACGACUUUGUGCCCGAGCCAGGCGAGCAGGGGCUGGCGUUCGAGGCCGGGGACUGGGUCCGCGUGCUGCAGACGGCCGAAGACGGCUGGUGGGAGGGCGAGAAAGACGGCGGCGUCCGGGGAUGGUUCCCCGCUACGUAUGUUGAACUUGUCGACGAGAGUCAGAUAGAAAACCAGUAUCACAAUGUUGAUGACUCUGAACCAAUCAGAAGCCCGUCGCCAGGGCAACCACAGGAGCCCCUCCCUCCAGGAUGGCAGGUGUUCAUGUCCCCAGAUGGAAGACCGUACUAUGUGAACAGGCAAACCAGUGAAACAUCAUGGGAUGCCCCUUUAAUGCCAGGAUCGCCAGUAACAACACCAACCACGCCUACCAAGAAACAAGGAUAUGACGUGAUUGAAACAGACGGGGGUCAGAAGACGCCAGAAAAAACUCCAGAACCCGAAGACAAGAUACUUCAGUCACCCAAGAAGGUGGUGAAUAAUUCCACGCCGUCUUCCUCGGCAAAGCUGUCAAAGGACACUCCAAAGACAGAAAGCACACCGAACAUCAAAUCUCCAGACACAAAAACAACUGAUGAAAACAACGUGGUAAACCAUCUGACAUUCCCUCCUAGUUCCAGUGCUUCUGAUCAGAAACUCCUAAAACCUGGAGAGUACAGCUACUGUGACUACUUUUGGGCUGAUAAGGGGAAUCUUCCUGGCUUCCAUGUCCUCCUAGAAAAACAGCUACAAGGCAAACAGAUGACUAAAGAAAUGGCAGAGUACUUCACUGAAAGGGCAGCUGCAGAAGAAGCAUAUGCUAGAACCCUGACAAGAUUGUCUCAAAACUUGUUGGCAUCUCAAGAAGAAGGAACGCUGGGAGACACGUGGAGUGAAGUGAAGAAGAGUAUUGCACAAGAAGCAGAGGUUCACCACAGAUUCUCAGUUAAGGUACAAGAUGAUAUAGUUAAACCACUCGCAACAUUCAGAGAAACCUUCAAGAAAGAUAUGAAAAAGACGGAACAGCACAUUGCCGACCACAGAAAGCAGAUCCAGCAAAAGUAUCAAGGCAUCAACAAGGCAAAGGCAGCCUUGGCUGAAAGACAAAAGGAGCUAGACCAGAAGCUACAGAAACAUAAGACGGAGGAUGAACUGAAAAAAGCCAGAAGAAAGUCCACAGCAGCAGGAGAUAACCUUCUUAAGUCAGUGGAGCAGUACAACAUCUCUCAGUCCAAGUGGUUUGAAGAAAUGGUUUCUUCUACCUUGGAGCUAGAAAGACUUGAGGGCGAGCGUGUACAGAUGGUGAAGGGACAGUUGAACAAAUACAUCUCACUUAGGAAGGAGGUGGACAAGGAAAGGGGAAAGGUAUUGGGUUCCAUCGAGGACAAGAUCGGUGACAUCAGUCCCGACAAAGACCGCGAAAGAUUCGUCAAAGCGCACGGCACCGGGCAAGUCCGACCAGUGGACUACAAGCUAGCCUAGAUCAAGUCCCCUAGUGUUACUUAUUCUUCAGACACUGAAAUGUUUUGAAACAGGCAGCAAAUUCUAUACAUUGGACAGCAAACUAUAGUUCCUAGAGGCCUUAUCUUUUAAGUGGCUAUUUGAAAAUGUUGUCAAUUUGUGUCAUUAACCCUUUAGCAAAAGUAGACUGCAUUGCAGUAUAAUAUCUUUUUUUUAUAGAAAAUAUUUGUUUGGUUAGUAAAGGUUGGUUGCUUUUUGAUGCUUUCGUUUUCUUUUGGAUGCAGUAUCGGGAAUUCAUUUUUCGGCAUAGCAAUACUUUUAUAAUGUGUGUUUGUGUGUGUUUGUGGCCAAGGAUUUGAUAUGAACAUGUAUGUUUCAAGGAUUCUUGGCGUUACCUAAGUGUAUGGCAAAGAACUUGUAUGGAAAGUAUGGAAGUUGUUGCAAUUAGUAAUAAGCACAGAGUUUUAUCAUUGUAUUACUCAAUCUGACUAGUACUAAUAUGUACUUAAAGCUCCAGGAAACCAAAGUGUGCCCUACAAUAAAGCUAUGGCAUAUACAGCAUGCUUGUAGCCAGGCUGAUAUGCUUAUUUGAAGUACAUUAGGCUAUGUUAUCUUUACUUAUAUAUGUGUAAUAAUAAACAAUCAUGAUACAGCUUAGUGCGCUUACACAAAAAUUAUUACAUUUUGUACUGUGGUGGAAAAAGGGGAAGAAACACUUUUUGCACUUCUUUGCUGCAUGUUAGGCUUUGUUGCGAAGUGUCAUUUUAAGUUGCAAAAUGCUACAUGACAAUCAUCUUCCCUCAAUAUGUCGACAUGGACCUCCAAAUAUGUUGUAAAUAAGGUAUGUAAAGCUAAAAUGUAUGUGUCAAGAUUUAUUUUUAGACUUUGAGAGCUUAUGGUUGAAAAGUCGAGAGUGAAAUUGUUCACAUUCCAUGUUUUAAUGUCUAUGUCAUGCAUAGCCAGUAUGAUUGAGAUGUCAAAAACUUGACUUUCUAUAUCAUGCAUAUGAUUGUGUAAUAUCAAACAUUGUGACACUUUAUGAAGCCACAAUCAAACUCAUUUUGUUAUGUCAUGUCUCUUUGUGAGGGACUGCAUAGCAUAUUGUAAUUAUGUGAAUUUUACUUAAUCUCCAAGCAGAUCCUAUGGUGGCAUAAGAUAAUAUCAAAAGCAGCAAAGGGGUGUAGCUACACUCUUUUGCCAGCUUUUGAUACUAUCUUAUACCACCAUAGGAUCUGCUUGGAGAUUAAAUUUUACUGUGUUCUAUGCUUAUGAAUGUAGUUUGAAAAUGUAGUUGUGUUUAGCUUUUUGGCAACACCUCAGGAGUGGAUACAUUUUCUGUUGUGAAGUGCAUUGAAAAAAAUCAAACUUUGAGACUUUUGUGUUAAAAUGCACAUUUAUCCAACAUCGAGCAACAUGCUUUUUUGGUCAUUUUAUCAUUAUGAUUAGAAAAAUGCUGUUUACACUUUUGUAUUAGACCUGCCUAGUACUGGUAUUUCAGUGUUGUUGUUUUUUUUCAAUUUUUUUUUCAGGUAUGGAAACAUUUCUACCAAUGCCAGGGUGAUAUUGCACUAGUUCUGGUUCUGCAUGAAACACAUUUUUCUGUUGUCUGGUUUAGCAAUGCAUGUAAGGUUAAUAAAAUAGUUAUAAAUUACUCCAUAAGACUACAGUUUUCACAAGGUUUUUAACGUCCUUGUUUUGGUAUUAAUCAUUCUGACAAAUUUGUAUUUGUUUGUAUUCUUUUUCAAAACAACUAUGUUAGCAAAGAUAAUGAUAGGGUCUUUUAGGAGACAUUUUGCUACCAAGUCUAGGUUAUUGGUUUAGAAAAGAUCGGAACAUUUAAGAACCCACAGGGAGUAUCAUGUCAAUUGUUUAACCUUUCAAUUCAGUUAAACUGCUUGCAAAAUAGUUAAUGGUUGUAAUUUUUCAAUCAUGUAUUCUAUUUCUAACAUCCACUUACAUUGUACAUGUAUUGCCCCGUAUGUACCAAUAUGGCUGUUUUAAGUCAUUAGUAUAUUUUGCUUUUGUGCAUUUGAGAUUUGUGUUGUCAGCUGGUUUAGAACAGUAAAAAGGGCAAAUAAGUUUGGUUACCAAUAAUGCCUUAAGGAUCAGCUUUUUGCGGCCUCCAUUUCAUCAUGCUAUAGUAUCAAUCAUGCGACAAAUUUGUAUUACUUAUGAUAUGGGAGAAAAAUUAUGUAGGCUUUAACAGUGGUGAAGGUAUGUCACCCUUUUUUUCUAAGAAGCCAAAAAUUUUGUUAGCUUUGUAUCAAAAGGUUUUGUACUAUUUUGUAAGAAUGUAGAGAAGAUAGUUUGCAAACAACCCAAAGCAAAAUGCUUUAAAUCUGUGCUAACAUCAUAGAAUAAUAUAAUGCUAUUGUAUAGAGACAAGACAAACUGUUUUCAGAGCUUUGUUGAUGGCAAAUAAUAAUUAACAGCCAAUAUGCAAAUAAGUAUGUUACAUGUAAAUUUGAACACUUAUAUUCUACAGCAAAUAAACAAUUUUUAUGACUUUGUA